AUGGGCCAGCAAUACUCCCAGCCCAAGCCUGGCGCCAAGCUCCAGGUGAUCUGCGCCGGUCUCCCACGCACAGGGACGGCCUCCCUCAGCGCAGCCCUCGAAGUGCUCCUCGACGGGCCUGUCUACCACUGCGGCACGCAGGUCUUCAACGGGCCCGAGCGAGACAUCCAGACCGCCCUGGAGAUCCUGCACUACUGGCCCCCUCGCGACAAGGUGCGCCACGCCGAGAACCUGCGGCUGCUGGACAGCCUCGUGGGGCAGGGGUACGUGGCGGUCGCGGACAGCCCCGCGGCGGGGCUCGUGCCGGAGCUGUUGGAGCUGUACCCGGAGGCGCGGGUGCUCUGCACCACGCGCGGCGUGGAGGCGUGGGAGAAGUCGAUGGAGGGGUGGCUCGCGCUGUACGGCGAGACGGAGCCGCCGACGAGGAAGAGCUACCACAGGCACGUCGAGUGGAUGAGGGAGGUCGUGCCGCCAGGCCAGCUGUUCUUUGUGGACGUCAAGGACGGGUGGGACCCGCUGUGUCGGGCGCUGAGCCUGCCUGUGCCGGAGGGCGUGCCGUUUCCUCACAUCAACGACGGCAAGGCGAUAGAGGACUUUCUUCAAGUUCUUGCAACACACAGCUUUCAUAUUGAAAUGGUGUGA